CUGUUACAGUGUCUGCAGCUGCUGCCUGGUAUUUAACACGGGCUAUGACUGGUUUGUGUCAUCCGAAUGACCUUCCUAAGAUGGCUGCCAGUUGCGGUUCCCUAAAACUUUGCGCCAUGCUUGCCGCGUACUGAUUGGUUAAUAGUAAGGAAGGGGCGGGUCCCGAAGGUUCUGGAUAGUAGCGCGGAGCCCGGUAACGGGAAGCGGCGCGAUGAAUCACAAGAGCAAGAAACGCAUCAAAGAGGCUAAGCGGAGCGCCAGGCCCGAACUCAAGGACUCUCAGGACUGGACCCGGCACAACUACUAUGAGGUUUAUGGGCUGAACCCCAACGGUUUACGGGAUGAUGUUGAGCGUGUGGAUGCCAACCAACUCAAUCUAGAGGAGUUCAUUGAACGAUAUGAGAAACCUUAUAAGCCUGUGGUGAUAUUGAACGCUCAGAUGAGUUGGCCUGCUCAAGAGAAAUGGACUUUGGAGAGACUGAAACGCAAGUACCGAAAUCAAAAGUUUAAAUGUGGUGAGGACAAUGACGGUUACUCUGUUAAAAUGAAAAUGAAAUAUUAUAUUGAGUACAUGGAGGGAACCAAGGACGACAGUCCUUUAUACAUCUUUGACAGUAGUUACGGAGAGCACCCCAAAAGGAGAAAAUUGUUGGAAGAUUAUGAGGUUCCAAAGUAUUUUCGUGAUGAUCUCUUUCAGUUUGCUGGUGAAAAACGCCGCCCACCCUACAGAUGGUUUGUGAUGGGUCCCCCACGGUCUGGUACAGGAAUCCACAUUGACCCGUUGGGUACCAGUGCCUGGAACUCGCUUGUUCAUGGUCAUAAGCGCUGGUGCCUAUUUCCCACCAACACCCCAAGAGAGUUGAUCAAAGUGACUCGAGACGAAGGGGGCAACCAGCAAGAUGAGGCAAUCACAUGGUUCAAUGUAAUCUACCCUCGCACACAGCUUCCAACGUGGCCCCCUGAGUUUAAACCUCUUGAGGUAGUGCAGAAGCCAGGAGAGACCGUGUUUGUUCCAGGUGGCUGGUGGCAUGUUGUCUUAAACCUUGACACUGCUAUUGCUGUGACACAGAAUUUUGCAAGCCGCACCAACUUCCCUGUGGUCUGGCACAAGACGGUCAGGGGGAGGCCUAAGCUCUCCAGGAAGUGGUACAGGAUCCUCAAGCAGGAGCACCCUGAUCUUGCUGCACUUGCCGAUACUGUAGAUCUGCAGGAAUCCACUGGUAUUGCCUCCGAUUCCUCCAGUGACUCUUCCAGCUCUUCCUCUUCAAGCUCUUCUGAGUCCGACUCUGAGGAUGGAUCGAGUUCUGGGGCCGAAGCAAUGUCUCAUCGCAAGAAGAAGAGGAGAACUUGCAGCUCAAUGGGAAAUGGUGACACCACAACACAGGAUGACUGUGUGAGCAAAGAACGCAGCUCGUCUAGGUGACACGAAAUCCCCCACCUAACGGGUGACAGUCAGCUCAGUGCCUGUGGCACCAAUAGGGAGUGUCGCUUCCUUAAACUAUUCUUCUGCUGUAACUAUGCAGAGUGAUGCCAACACUUUUUUAUAGCCGGAUUCCAGAUGUGAAAUCUUAUUUGUUCCUUUUGUGUUCUUCAACUGCUGCCCAUCCACAGGGGCUUUCAAUCCCAAGCCGAGAAUGUCUGAAUAUGUUACAGUGAAAGCACUUCCUGCGUAUGCAGCUAUUGCCACCUGUGUCCCUGGACUAGAAAGAUCUGUGAAUAAACGCACACUGCAACACUCCUGGUAACAACCGUUUCACCUUUAAACUACAUGUGACCUGCUGCUCAGUCUUGUCACUUAAGCUGCUUCUGUGAAUGACAUCACAGCUGUGACAGAAUAGCUGCUACUUAUGUGAAGUGCUCUACUUGUCUCUUAUCUGCAGCCCUUGACAUUUUUAUAGAACUUCUCAUCGACUUGGGAAUGGAUUUAAGUACAAUACAUGGCCGGUUCUGGACAGGUCUCAGUUAGUUGUAGAAUUUUUUAAUUUUCAGCCUUUUGUUUUUAAUCGGUCUCGUCAAAUCGUGCUAAUCAUGUCCAUUUCUAACGGUCACAUACGCUGCAGCAGAAUGAAUGAUACAAUCAGGGUUGGGGAAAAAUCAUACCAUAACUGCUUGCUAGCAUGUCUGACAGAUAAUUUUACUGCCCUGAUGAUUAAUUAGUCUUCAUUUUUGGGAUCUUAUUUAAUAUACUAUUGAAGUGUAUUUUAAACUACAAUUCUCUGAUCGCACUGUUAAUUUAAACUCUUCUGUCAUUAAUUUUUUUUUAAUAUAUAUUUUUUUCAAAUAAAAUGAA